AUGGGCAGUGGAUCAACGAAAAUUAUAUCAUAUGACGAUGCUGUAAAACGAUUUUUACCAGCCGAUUUAGAACGUAUUGAUACAACAUUCCGUGAUUUAACAAGUGGAACGGGUGAACUUAGUUAUACAAAUUUUAAACGUGAUGUUUUUGCACAUUUUUUACCAGAAAAAUUAGCUACUCGUCUUUAUCAAGUAUGUACAAGUUCAUCAAGAUCUUGUAUGUCAUUAAAAGAUCUUAUUUGUUGUUUGGCAUUAAUUUAUUAUGGUACACCUAAAGAACGAAUGCAACUUCUUUAUUUAUUAUUUGCUCAUAAUAUAUCAAAUAGUAAUGGUACAUUACGUUGGCAAGAUGUUGAAGAUUUUCUUUCACAAUGUGGUGAUCAUCCACCCGAAGAACUUGAUACAAUAUUUCAAAAUCAUGAUGAAAUUGUGACACAAGAAAAAUUUCUGUCAUGGUUAGAACUUCAUCAAGGCCAUACAACAACAAUAACCGAUUGGUUAAUGGAUGACCAACGUUUACAUGAAUUAUUAUCAUCACCAAUUGAUAGAACAUCUGAUCAAUAUUCGAUAUUAGCUGGUGUAACACAUUUAUUGGAUAUUGAAAUUAAAGAAUUAGAAAAAACUUAUUAUUAUUUAUGUACAUAUUCAAAUAUAAAUCGACAACAACAAAUAACAUUAGAAACAUUUUCAAAUAUUUUAACACCUGUUCUUCCACCAAUACUUAUUCCAGGUUUUUUUGAUGCAUUUGAUGAAAAUCGUGAUGGAUGUAUUGAUUUUAAAGAAUUUGUUUGUGGAAUUAGUGCUGCUUGUCGUGGACCAUUAUUUGAAAGAUAUAGAUUUUUAUUCCGUGUAUUUGAUCGUGAUCAUGAUGGUCGUCUUGAUCGAUCUGAUAUUGUUCAUAUGUCAUCAUGUCUUAUUGAUGUUGCUCAAUUUGUUUAUGUACUUACUAUUCAUAUGAAUGAUUCACCUGAUAUAUAUGCUGACAAUAUUUUACAUAAAAAUGACAAUAAUAAAAAGAAUCAACUUGAUUAUUUUCGACAAGAAGAUUUUAUACAUUGGUGUUCAACAGAUUUAUUAAUAAAAGAAGUACUUGAACUUAUAUUUCAAAUUUGUCAUGUUGUACUUGGUUUAAGACCAUCAACAAAACAAGAUGAAAUAACAAUUGUUAAAGAAUUUCUUCGACGUGAACAGUACCCAUUUUUUGAAGCACAACCAACUGUUUCAUCAAAAUCUUAUCAUUGGAUUAAUUGUAAUCGUUCGACAUCAAAACCAGGUUCAUCAUGGUAUCUUAUUUCAAUGGAUUGGUGGCUUCGUUGGGAAUCAUCUUCAUCAUCAUCAUCAUCAAUUAUUAAUUCAACUGAACCGAUAAUAACAACAAUAAAUAAGAAAAAUUCUUUUACUAAACUUAAUAAAUUAACUAAUGGUCCUGAUAAUAAACGAGAAUCUGGUGACAUAGAUAAUUCAUUAUUAAUAGAUAAAAAUUCUACGAAUAAUACUCGUAUAGUAAAUGAUGAUUGUGUACAACUUAAACUUGGUCUUCGUCGUAUUAUUCAUUUUGAAAUGGUACCUGAAUCAUUAUGGUUAUUUUUAAGAAAAUAUUAUCGUUGUAAUGGACCAGCUAUAUGUAGAAAAGUAACAUAUAGAAAAAAAAUUAAUAAACCUGAACUUGAUCUUUAUCCAUUAUUAAUUAAAAUAUAUCGUAAUCAAAAUCUUUCACCACAACAAAUGCAAGCUAUAGCAACAAAUACAACAACAACAUCAAAUAAUAAUAAUUCACAUUCAAUGCUUUUUGUCUAUCCAUUACUUAAUUAUGUAUCAGCAAGCAUAUUUAGUUCGGGUGGUUCAUCAAAUGCAAUAUCAAAUAAUACACAAAGACAUUAUUUAGCAUGUCUAUAUUUUGUUAGUCCAUAUCAAACAGUUCGAUCACUUGCUGAAGAACUUUCAAGAAAAUUUGGAAAAUCAUUAGAUGAAAUAAGAAUAUGGAUUAGAUAUAACGAAAAUGAUCUUCGUCAGAUUGAUUUUGAAUCAACCGAUGAAAUCGAAUGUCAACAGGCUGGUUUUGAACAAAAUAUCGAUAUCUUAUUAGAAACACGUAAUAAUGAUUUAACAUGGCCGGAAGAAUUAUAUACAUUAGCAACACGUUCAAAAGCUAUAGGAUUAUCAUCAUCAAAUAAUAAUAAUUCAAUAGGAAAUGUUGAAGAAGAAGGACGUGGUUUAAUAGGUCUAUCAAAUUUAGGAAAUACAUGUUUUCUUAAUGCAGCUGUACAAUGUCUUAGUCAUUCAUUUCCAUUAACAUUUUAUAUUCUACAUAAAUAUCAUCUAUUUGAAAUUAAUAAAGAUAAUCCAAUUGGCAUGCAAGGUAAUAUUGCACUUCGUUAUGGACAACUUAUUGCUAAACUUUGGAGUAAUGUUCGUGGACCAUUAGCACCAUUUGAAUUACGAGAUUCAGUUGCAAAAUUUGGUUCAUCACGUUUUACAGAUUUUCAACAACAUGAUUCACAAGAAUUUCUUUCAUUUCUACUUGAUGGUUUACAUGAAGAUCUUAAUCGUGUUCAUAAUAAACCUUAUGUUGAACUUAAAGAUAGUGAUAAUAGACCUGACGAAGAUGUUGCUUAUGAACAUUGGGCUAAUCAUUUAGCACGAAAUACAUCAAUUAUUGUUGAUUUAUUUCAUGGUUUACUUCGUUCACAAGUAAAAUGUCGUGUAUGUGAAUUAAAAAGUGUUCGAUUUGAUCCAUUUAAUAUUUUAUCAUUACCAUUACCAAUGGAUACAUCGAUUUAUAUUGAAAUAAAACUUAUUCGUUUGAAUGGUUCACGACCAACUCGUUAUGGUAUUAGACUUGAUGGUGAUUUAACAGUUAAUCAUUUAAAAAUUCAGUUAUCAACAUUAUCAUUAUUAUCAAUUGAACAAAUUGGAUUUUUUGAUAUAAUAGCAUCAUCAUGUCUUCGUCGUAAUCCAUCAAUGGAUAAUGAUCAAACAAGAAUUAAACAAUUAAAUGUUCGUGAAUUACUUGCUUAUGAAUUACCAUUAAUAAAUAAAUCAUCGGAAAUAUCAAAUGAUAAAACAUCAUCAACAAAUCGUUCAAUAUCAUAUAUAAAAGCAAUGCAUCGUCGAUUAGAACGUCAAGAACGUUAUUUAUCACCAAUGACACGUCAUAAAAUAGUAUUUUUUGGUCAACCAAUACUUAUACCUUAUAAUUCUGAAAAUAAAAUAACAAAUGAACAUAUUUAUAAUAUUGUUUAUAACCAAUUAGAACGUUUAUUAAGAAAAAAUAAUGAUUCAUUAUAUACAUCUAAUCAGGAAUUUAAUUGUGAUGAUUCAGUUAAAGAACGUUAUCCAUUUGUAUUAAAACAUAUUAAUGAAGAUGGAAAAAAAUGUUCAAGAUGUUCAUGGAAUCGUUUUUGUCUCGGUUGUGCAUUUGAAUCGAAUAAUAAAGAAUUUAAUUAUACAGGUGAAAAUAUUGCUAUUGAAUGGGAAUCAGCAGCUUAUUAUCUUCGUUAUUUAUCAAAUCGCGAACAAGAUGUUGAAAUUCAUCCGAGUGUAAAAUCAACUCGAUCAUUAAAUAAUGAUUCAAAUGCUGAUGAAUUAUCAUCAAUAGUCCGUUUAGAAGAUUGUCUUGAAUCAUUUAUAAAAUGGGAAAAUCUUGAGCAUAAAGAAAUGUUUAAUUGUAAAACAUGUAAAAAAUUACAACCAGCAGAUAAAAAACUUGAUAUUUGGAAACUACCACCAUGUCUGAUAUUUCACAUCAAACGUUUUCAACUAUCAAAUAAUCGUUGGAUAAAAUCAUCUCGACCAGUACGUUUUCCAAUUAAUUCAUUUCAUCCAUCAAAAUAUCUUGCUCAACGAUCUGCAUCAAAUUCAUCAUCAUUACAAUUUCGUCCUACAGAUGAUAAUAUUAGUACAUCAUCAUCAUCAUCAUUAUCAUCAAUAACAACAAUAACACCUGAUGCUAUUUCAUCGUCUUCAGUUGAUAAUAUGCUUAUAUUAUCACCAUCUCGUUUAGUUAAUGGUAAUCAUAAUUAUGUAAAACAAACAAAUGAACAACAUAAAGGUUUACCACCACCUGAAACAUUAAAUGAAACAAUAAAGAAAAAGAAAAAAAAACGUUUUGGACGACGACGUAAAAAAAUUGAAAUCGAAAAUUCUCAACGUACUUUAUAUCCACCAAGAUUUAGCCAAAUGGUAGAUCGUACACUUAGUUUUGGUGAUAAUAGUUUUGAUGCUGAUAAUGCUGCAUAUAAUUUAUAUGCACUUGUUUGUCAUUAUGGAGUUAUUGGUGGUGGUCAUUAUGUAGCAUUUGUUAAAAAUCAUACAAAUCAACAAUGGUAUUGUUUUAAUGAUAGUUCAUGCAAACCUGUUUCUGAAAGUAUACUUGACCAAUGUUCAUCAUCAGCUUAUUUAUUAUUUUAUGAACGUGAAUCCCUCGAUCAUCGUUGUUAUAUGCCGAAUGUGGAAGGAAAAAAGCAAGUCGCUAAUGAAUUUCCAUUGACAGGCGAUGAUCGUUGGUGUUCUCUAAUGUGA